GGCAGCAUUUUUUUUUUUGUUUAAAAAAAUUGAAAUGGUCACAAAAUUAUCAAAAUUAUUGAGAGUAAGAGUUUCUUGUUAAGCGUUGGUAAUUGUCUUUAGAUUUUAAAAUUGUCUUUCUAGUGUCAAAAAAUUUUAAAGACAAUCAUUAAGGACGUUUUUUCCAAAUUUUAUUUUGGUUAAAUUGUACGAUUGGUCAGUAUUCUUAGGUUAAGUGUUGGGCUGAAUCUUUAUGCACAGAUUUCUUUGUAUAAAUUGAGUUUCUCAAAUUUUCUCAAAUUUUAUGCAUUGUAUGACUCGGUUCAAUCAAUAAUGGAUUCAAGAUUUAUGCAUCAGUUGUGUUGACGUGGCAUAUAUAAGAAGUAACUAUAUAUAUAAAAGAAAAAAAAAAGGCAACAUACAAGAAAGGAAAUAAUUAGCUGGUAAUAUAUUAUGAAUUGGAAAUGUAAAAUCCUCACCCUGCUAGCUUGUAUUUUUAUCAUGGACGAAAUAGAGUUUGCAAUCCGAAAAUUGAAGUUGUAAUAUUAUGCUAAUCUACAAUUACCGACAAGAAGAUGAUUGUUGUUGUUUUAAAGAAACGAAAUAAAAACUUUUUAAAAAGUAAAAAUAAUUGUCUGGAAAUAGUUUUGACCGGAAAACUUUUGACACAAAAAGUGAAAAGUUGUUGAUAGCAAUAAUAGCGGUGAGUCUCUGUCAGUCUCGUAACGCUUCGAUGCUUGCUUGCAUUUGCUGAUAACAUGAUUGUUUUUCUUUCUUUCUCUUUUGACUUUUGAAGUUACAAAGCGAAGAAAUGAGUAAAGCCACUUGAAUAAUGUAAUCCGCUAGUCACGGGGAAGGGCAUCUAAUUUCAACUUUGUUUUGGCAAGUCAUUGUCGUGGCUCAACAGCGAAGAGAAUGAAGUUGUUAUGGUGCAAAGCAGGCAUCAGGAAUCGCCUAGGAGAUGUGACUUCUCUGCUGGUAAAUGGGUUUAUGAUCAGUCAUACCCCUUGUAUGAUUCAAACUGCCCAUAUCUUAGUACUGCAGUUACCUGUCAAAGAAAUGGAAGGCCGGAUUCUGGCUAUGAGAAGUGGAAAUGGAAGCCAAAUGGUUGUUCUCUUCCCAGGUUUGAUGCACUGAAAUUUCUUGGAAAGAUGAGAAGGAAAAGGAUAAUGCUGGUAGGUGAUUCUAUUAUGAGGAACCAAUGGGAGAGUCUAGUCUGCCUAGUGCAAGGAGUUAUACCAACGGGACAUAAAAAGGUGACCUAUAAUGGUCUUUCCAUGGCCUUCCAUGCCUUGGAUUUUGAGACAUCAAUUGAGUUUUCUUGGGCUCCACUGCUUGUGGAACUGAAGAAAGGACCUCAAAACACGAGAGUAUUGCAUUUGGAUUUGAUUGAGGAGAAUGCAAGAUAUUGGAGAGGGGUUGAUGUUCUUGUGUUUGACUCAGCACACUGGUGGACUCAUUCUGACCAAUGGAGUUCGUGGGAUUAUUACAUGGAGGGAAAAUCUAUAUAUAAAAACAUGAAUCCAAUGAUUGCAUACCAGAAAGGACUCACUACAUGGGCAAAAUGGGUAGAUUUGAAUCUCAACCCUCGCAAUACCAGAGUCAUCUUUAGAAGUAUGUCGCCUAGGCAUAACAGACAAAAUGGUUGGAAAUGCUAUAACCAGAAAACUCCCCUUGAAUUUUUCAGUCACCCACAUGUUCCUGAACAACUGCUAGUGCUAAAAGGGGUAUUAAGAAGAAUGGUAUUUCCAGUCUAUCUACAUGACAUUACAACAAUGUCAGCUUUUCGAAGGGAUGGACAUCCUUCUGUGUACAGAAGGGCUUUGAACCAAGCUGAGAGGCAGCACCCAAGAGAAUUUUCCUCCGACUGUAGCCACUGGUGCCUCCCUGGGGUCCCUGAUAUUUGGAAUGAGAUGUUGAGUGCACUGCUCUAAGAAAAUAAUAAAGGGUGAAUUUGAUCACUGUUCUAUCAAAAUGUAGGCUUUGUACUAUCGUCAAGACAGAGUAGUCAUAGCUUGUGCGCUGGUUGUUGUAUGAAAAUGUUUAAGAGAGAAUGAUGGUAUGUUUGGCUUGUUCAAUUAGUAACAUCCUCAGUUUAUUGUGUUGAUCGAGAAUUCUAGUUGCUUCAUGUAAUGUUUUGCAGAUUUUGAAUUUUUCGGCUGCGUUAUGUGUUUCUAGGACAACAUAAAAUGUUGAACACCAUAUGUGUAGUUGCGAAGGAAGGUCUCAUAGCUGUUUUGUGCACUGGGUUUUUCUUUUGUUUUUUUUUUUUUUCUUUUGGGAUAAUACUAUCGAAUACAUCCAGGCUUUUUCUUGAGCUUUAAUCCUUUCCCCGGGUGAUUUUAAGAAUGUACUCUCCAUGUUGGCUUGGUGCAUUUAUUAUUUUACUCUCGAAAUCUUAUUUGUGUAAAGUAACUGGUAACUUACCCAUGUUGCAUCACUGAUUGAAAUUUAACAGUUGUGAGCUUAGCGACAGUUCAAGAUGCCUUUUCACGCUGUGUUCCUGGGUUGAAGAGAC